AUGACAACCGACCAUUCCGACGAAUUUCCUGUGAAAAGAUCAAACUAUCGCAUUCAUUUGUAUACAUCCAUAAAUCUUCUUCAUACAACAAUCCUCAAAGGCAACUAUGAACUGGCGUAUAAAAUCUUGGGAGUAUUGACAAAAUGCCCAGAAGUCAAUAUCAAGUAUAUUUGGCAGCCUAUUCUAGCUGUGUUAAUGCAUCUGCCACUACAAGAUAAAAAUCGAGCAAACUUUUUCGAUCGCGUGUUAUUCUCGCAUCGCAGUACGAACGAGAAUGUAUUAUUGGAAUUUGUAUUCUAUACGUUGAAGUCUAAAGGAGCGGAUGUAGCGCUGAAUACAUUCGAAGUGUACCUCACCACACCUCCCUAUAGCGAGAAUCCAGUCUUUUUAGGAUACGUUGGCUUGUUGGCCUAUGUGCUGUGGCAUCGAUGUUCUGGGCGACUAAAGAAUGAGAAUUAUUCGAGUCUUUUUGAAUCGACAAUGGAAACAAGUGAAGAAGAAAAUCGGAUGGAGGUUUGUUCUUAUGAACCAAAGUAUUACUACACAAUUGCGCGUCAGGCCCUGGAAGCCUCACUUGAUUUGGAUAUUAAUAAUGAUUUAUUUCUUGAUACGUACAUCAAGCUCCUAGUGGCAAACGACGAAAUAGAUAAAGCUAUGUCGAUGGCAAAAAAGGCUUUUGAGAAUAGUGAUAAUCGACUAAUGGCACACAGAAUACUUCUUACUCUUCUUUACACUUAUCAAGGAACAGAUGGGGAAUGGCUAUCUGUGGCUAAAUCUUAUCAUCAAUUGGAUCCUGUUGGCUGCCCAGAGAUUACGCUAUUACCAUUGAUCGAACACUAUGAUGCUGUUAUAAAGCGUUACAGCGUUGCUAGCAAGAACACAGGAAAUAUAGUCAGUCAUAAAAUUAUGAAAGCCCACAGAUCUGUUCUGAAAAUGCUUCUUGCAAGAAUAGAACACGGCGAUGUACGAUGGGAGAUAUUAAAAGAAACUGUUAAGCGUAUACUGCAUAUAGAUACACUAUCGCCAACAUCCCUCCACUCCCUAUUCUCUAGUCGCCCUUAUCUGCCUGGUCUGCUCUUUAAACAUCGACAAACAGAUAAAUCUGUUUCUCGUCAAGGUCUAUUUGAUGUGAUCGGGCAAUACGCUGGACCGUUUGGUUAUUAUGUGGUUAAAGAUGAAUAUCUCACACUGAACUACAUUGACAAGUUGAAGGAAGUUGUAGUGAAUAAGGGCGGAGAUAUCGACGAUAUACCAUGGGAAGCGUAUAAGCUUCGGAAGAAAAAGAGUUUAGGUAAGAGUGAGCAGAGCAACAAUGAUAGCGAAAGUGAAGGUGAAAGUGAUGCAAGUUAUUCAACUAAUGACGAUGACGAGUCUAUGGAAUAUGAAUCUUGUGGGUGA